AUGGAAUGGAAGAAAUAUUAUCUGGAUGUGAUGCUGGUACCGUUAGGAUUUAUGAUAACAAUUGGUUAUCAUGUUUGGUUAUGGCAUAAGGUUCGCACGCAGCCUUCUUCCACCAUAAUCGGAAUCAAUACUCAUGGAAGACGCUCCUGGGUCCCUGCCAUGUUGAAGGACAUUGAAAAGAAGAACAUCCUAGCAGUUCAAACUCUUCGGAAUCUGAUAAUGGGAUCAACACUUAUGGCAACUACAUCCAUUCUACUAUCUGCGGGCUUGGCAGCAGUAAUAAGCAGCACUUACAGUGUGAAGAAGCCACUGAGUGAUGCUGUGUAUGGAGCUCACAGCGAAUUUAUGGUAGCACUUAAAUAUGUGACACUCCUAACCAUAUUCUUAUUCUCAUUUUUCUGUCACACUCUGUCAAUAAGGUUUUUCAACCAGGUGAGCAUCCUCAUUUGCACACCACAAGAUGUCAUGUCUAUGGUGACACCCGAAUAUUUGAUUGAACUUUUGGAGAAGGGAACUAUUUUGAACACUGUUGGCAACAGGCUUUUCUACUCAGCAAUCCCUCUUUUGCUUUGGAUCUUUGGGCCCGUGUUGGUUUUCCUGUGUUCUGUGGCAAUGUUACCGGUUCUUUACAAUCUAGACUUUGUUUGUGGGAAUAAUGGCAAUGCAAAGAUCAUGGUCAAGAAUGACAACUAUGUUUGA